AUGGAGGAUAUCACGUCCUCACAAACCCUUGCGGACGACGGUCCCGAAAGAGAAGGGGCCGCCCUUGAUCUAAGCGCCUUUCCUCCGUUCUUCAUUCUAACGUCUCAUUUCCAAAAAGAAGAUAUACGCGUCCUUGAGGAACAGCUAACAGAGUGCGGUGCACGGCUGAGCUACGAUCAUACAGAGGUCAGGCUUUUCAUUGGUAAAGUCGGGACGAAACGGAGAGCCGAGUUCGAGUUGCGAAUAGAAGGAGAAACGACCGAAGACGAAUCCCUUGAUAUUGCCGAACCGAUUGGGACGACAGUUGAUUCUGAUAAGACCAAGCCUGGAUCCCUCGACAAUCCGAUUGGUAUGCUCGAUGAUGAUUCUACCGCGGAGGGAGAGGCUUCAUACCCCGAAGAUGGGGAUCAACGCGGCUAUCCUAAAAGAAAACGUGACUCAUCGAAUCCGCUCCGUGAAAUCACGAACAUAUCCGCCGUCGAAUCUAUAUCCAAUGGUAUCAAAGACGCUGUCACCGUUAUAAAAGUAGAAUGGCUUCAAGACUCGAUAGCUGCUCGAAAUGCCCUACCGUUGGAUGGGUACAUGGUGUAUCAAGGCAAGCUUAUCGACCAGAAAACAGCGAGUCCUGCUGUGCAACAUCAAGCCUUGCCCGCACUUCGUAAGGCGGUCCCAAGAUCUCAACAUGCCCUAGCGCGAAGGCCCCAUACUGCCCAAAGUAUCCUAGAAAGAGCACAAGCUGAUGCGGCAAUCACGCCUGCUUGCAAGCCGAGGAAAGACCCUUUCAGGUCUCGACGAGAAGGGGCACGCCAGUUUGAAAACACAACUUUUGCAUCCCAAAGCCAAAGGCAUGGCCUCCUCUCAACCUCUCAUGCAGCCCACCUGCUCCAACAAACAACGAGCGAGUACGAAGGCGAAAGCAGCGACAUCCCCGAGCCUCCAGCCUGGGUGAAGGCGAAGCUGAAAUACGCCUGCCAGCGCCAAACGCCACCCAACCCCCCCAACGACCCCUUCAUCGAUGAGCUCAAAAAGAUCCGAAAAGCACGCCUCCUCACAGGCGACGAGAUCGGCGUACGCGCCUAUUCAACCAGCAUCGCCGCCCUCGCCGCCUACCCCUACCACCUCACCAGCCCCAAAGAGAUCCUCUCCCUGCCCGGCUGCGACGUCAAGACCGCCAACCUCUGGGUCGAGUACAAGAACACCGGCCACCUCCAAGCCGCCGACGACGCCGAAAACGACGAAGUCAUGCGCGUCCUCGGCCUCUUCUACGAUAUCUGGGGCGUCGGCGCGCCCACGGCCCGCGAGUUCUACUUCGCUAACCACUGGCGCGACCUCGACGACGUCAUCGAGCAUGGCUGGAGCUCCCUCACGCGCGUCCAGCAGAUCGGCGUGAAGUACUACGACGAGUUCAAAGAAGCCAUUCCCCGCGCCGAAGUCGAGGCCAUCGCCACGACCAUCCACGCCCACGCGAUGCGCGUCCGCAACGCCAGGACCACGUGCACGAUCGUGGGCGGCUACCGCCGCGGGAACGCGACGUCCGGCGACGUCGACGUGAUCCUCUCGCACCCGGACCUCGGCGCCACCGCGAACCUGGUCGCGGACGUCGCGGCGUCGCUCGAGGACGAGGGCUGGAUCACCCACACGCUGACGCUGAGCCUCCACGGCACGCACCGCGGGCAGGCGACGCUCCCGUUCCGCGCGAGCGGGCCCGCGGGCCACGGGUUCGACACGCUCGACAAGGCGCUCGUGGUGUGGCAAAACGUCGCGUGGGCGAGCCGGGCGGCGGAUCGGGCGGCGAAUCCGCGGGCGAAGAACCCGAAUGUGCAUCGGCGGGUUGAUAUUAUCGUCGCGCCGUGGCGGACGGUGGGGUGCGCGGUUAUGGGGUGGAGCGGGGGUACGACGUUCCAGCGGGAUCUGAGAAGGUACGCAAAGGCGGUCAAGGGGUGGAAGUUUGACAGUAGUGGUGUGCGGGAUCGCAGGACGGGCAUGGUGGUGGAGUUGGAGGGGGAGGGGGGCAUGGAUGGGACGCCGGAGGAGGCGGAGCGGAGGGUGUUUGAGGGGAUGGGGUUGGCGUUUGUGGAGCCGGAGAUGAGGUGUACGGGGUAGAUUUGCGAGUUGUUGCAAAUUGGGCCGCGGAUUGUUCUGCGUUUAGGUACCUUUGUAACGUGGAGUGGAUGGGAAUAUGAUGUCUUGGCCCCCACUAUUGAGUUGAGGCACACGAGGGGGAGGUUUCCACGCUUCUGCCGUCUAUCAUUGGAAAUUAGCUUGAUGUAAGAUGUAGCUUAUAGGAAUCUUGAUACUACAUUCGAGUCCGCGAG